UUCAGGUUUUUCCUUUAGUCUGUGGGUUCUUAUGAUUACAUUACUAACCGUGCACAUGACUCUCUGACUUGUACCUGAUUCUUCACGGACAGCGGUCUCGAAGUCUUUUCUCGUAAGUAAAAAUGGAUAACAACGCAAAAUCAGUUACGCAAGUAAAUAACACCCCGGAAUGGCUGAAAAGGUUUUUAGAAGAGUCUGAACGAGAAGGUAAUAAUUUCGCACUGAUGGGCUCACGAAUGCUCAGGCAAAAAGCUAGAAGCAUAGUGUGGUAUAUCAGCGAAAAGUUUAACUGCCACAGGAAUGGCAUCCCGGGCCAGGCAUGCUGUAUUGUGGAGUGGUACAUUGUGUAUGUCAUGCGCAAACAGUCCAAUUUAGAAGAAUCUGCCAUAGCAAGAGUGGUACUGGAAUACAUCAGGCCACGAAUGCUACUCAUUAUGGCGUGCAGUAUAGUGCUAGCUGCAAAGAUGAACUCGGCAAUGCUACCAGUGACUGCCACGGCAACACGCACGGUCCUAGCUUUGGAAGGUUUUUUGUUUUCCAUUAAUGAAGUUGUCUGCAUGGAGAUGGAAAUAUUGAAAGCAUUAGAGUUUCGUGUUCCACUGAUGACGUCUGUAGAAGUAGGCGAGAUGCUGGCGCACGAACUGGCAGUGCAACCGCAGGUAUUACCUGCGGUCACCAAAUUGAUAGAUAUGGCCGAGUUGUGCCGAUACGAUGUAGAGAAGGUCGUGCGCUGGGUCGCCAGAUCUCGUGGUCUGAGUAACUGUGACACACGGGUACGAACGCUGCACUUAGCUGCCGGUGGCGUGGCUGCGGCUGUCAAAACUGCUUCAAACAUGAUCGGCGUGUCGGAAAAGUUGGCGACCAUGCUUCAGGUACCAACGGGUUAUAUCAAGUGUCUCCGCGACAUUAUUGUUACGGAGACCGCCAAAGAAAGACCUCAUAUUGACAAGCCUUUAGCUACACUUCAACGUAAAAGGAAGAAUAACGACGAUGAUUGCUCUAGACCACCCUCGCCUAGGCCAAGUACCUCACGAGACCCCUAUUAA